CGAUGUUCAAAAUAGUCGUAGACGAAUACACGUGAUGUUGAUAUAAUUUUUUUUUUUUUUGAGUUGUUCAAAGUUAAUUUUUCUAUCAUGUCUGUUUCGUGUUUUUUGUGUGUGUUCUUAACUUGUAUAGCUGUAUCCCACGGUAAUCAUUCUAACAUUGAUUUCAAAUUCAAGAAUGGUUCAGUGUUAACUAAAAGUACAAAUGAUAUUGAUAUAUCCUCAACAUUCUCCAGUACAGAAUUUUUCGAAAAAGAAAAAAAAAUAAUUGCACAUAAAAAUGAAAUGACCAAAGAGUGUGUUUUGAAACAAAUGAACGAUCAAGGAAACAUUUCAAAUUUUAAAAACAAUUAUGAACAAAAUAUGGAAUUAACUGAAGAUGAAAUGGUUGAAAUUAUUGGUGAAAAUUUAAAAAACUUUUGCAAAGAUAAAAUCAUUAUUUUAAAUAACUUCGAUAAUGAGCGUUCUAGUAGAUCAAAACGUUCAACAGAUAAGAAACGAUAUCAAGGUCAAACCCAAACUCAAUUUGUUAGUUUUGGUUCAAAAAAUUCUAAUCAAGAAACAAAAAAUGGAUUAGCUGAAGCUCUAUCACAACCUGAUUUAUCGAGGGCAACUGUCAGUGGUUUAAAUGGUAUGGGACAAGCUCAAAGUCAGUCAAGCUUUAAUGAAUGCGAUGAUUGUUCUGGACAGGAUUAUAGAACACAUUCAACACACGUGGACAAUUCUCAACCAAAACAUUUUCAAUCACUUCGACCUAAUAGUCCUCAAAAUCAAAAUGCAAGACCCUAUAGUGAAUCGAAUACAAAUAGGCAGUCCCUAGGAUCACAAAAUGAAGAUAUUCAAAAAGGACAUUCUAUCAAUGAUCAAUAUCCAAAUACAUACCCAGGUUCAGGAACAAGCAAUACAUUUCCCAAUAAUCAAGUUCAUGGACAUGGUGUCAAGCCAUUUGUGGGUGGUCAGUAUCCAGCAUCAGGAGUAUACAAUAAAUUAUCAGGUAACCAAGAUCAAGGAUAUGGUACAACUCCGUCUAUCGACGGUCAAUAUCUUGGUUUAGGAGCAAAUGAUAAAUUACCGGGUUAUCAAGUUCAUAGGUACGGUAUCAGACCAUUUGUCGAUGGUCAGUACCAAGAAUCAGGUACAAACAACAAAUUACCAGGUAACCAAAAUCAAGGAUAUAGUAUCAGUCCGUCUAUCAUAGGUCAAUAUUCAGGUUCAGGAAUAAACGAUAAAUUACCAGAUGCCCAAAAUCAAAAAUCUCCAUCUAAAAAUAUGCAAUAUCCUGGUUCAGGGACCAACAAUAAAAUACCAAGUAACCAAGAUCAGGGAUAUGGUAUUAGUCUAUCUGUCGUUGGUCAAUAUCCAGGUUCAGAAACAAACAAUAAAUUAUCAGGAAAUUCAGAUCAUGGAUAUGGUAACGUUCCGUUUAUUUAUGGUCAAUAUCCAGAUAAAAACCAAGGUUCAGGAUCAAAUAAUAAUACAGAACUGGGUAAAAUAAACUCGGAACAUGUAUAUAAUUCUGCAAACGAACAAAAUCGAAACUUACCAAAUACGAAUUCAGCAGAAUCUAAAAAGAUUGUAAACAAUGAUGUUGUUAACCCAAACACAUAUUCUAUUUAUUCAAGUCCAUUUAAUCCAAGUAGAUGGGACUAUCAAAAAAAAAUCACAAAUAAUAAUCCUAAUGUAGAUCAACAAAUAUAUACUGACGAAUCAGGCUUUCCCAAUAUUCCUUCAGGUUCAGAUCAUGGAAUACUGACUCCACAUUACACACCCAAUUCUGAAUGGACACAUCCUAGUUACAACCCGCAAGUGCCAGUUACAACUUUAAUAGAACAUCAAAAUAAAUUAUCAAAUUAUCCAUCUAGUCUUCUGCCCAACUAUCAGCAGACUAUACCUAAUGUUUUAGGUCAAUUAACACCAAAUAAGCAUAUUUCAAAAGAUACGAACUCACAAAAUGAUCAUAAUAUUAAAAACGGAGUGGCUGGGAUACAAAAUGUAUAUCCAUUGUCUUCAAAUAUAUAUGGAGGCCAAGAUUAUACCCAACUAAAUUUACCUUCAUUAUGUAAUUUCUUAUACCAGACAUGUCUUAAUGCGUUGUCUAAUAAUAAAAGAAUGAAUGAAUUUCAAAUAACAAGUUCACAAAUUAACGAAAGAAAUCCAAACGAGAAAAAACAAGUUAGUUUUAUACAGGUACCGACCAUACAACGGCAAGGUUACCAUUCUUAUGGAGGAAGAAAUCAAAAUAGAAUACAGCCUAGUUUUGGCCAACCUCAAGGUAUAUUAGACUCUAGGAGCCCUGAUUUUCAGCAACCUGGAUACGUUCCAUCGGGUGGAAAUGUAAAUCAAAUUCAUCCUAAUUAUGGGCAGCCUCAAGGUACAUUGGGAUCAGUCGGAACUGGUUUUCAGCAACCUAGAUACGUUCAAUCAGGUGGAAAUGUAAAUCAAAUGCAACCUAAUUAUGGUCAACCUCAAGGCACAUUAGGCUCUGUUUUUCAGCAACCUGGAUACCUUUCAUCGGUUGGAAAUGUAAAUCAAAUUCAACCUAGUUAUGGUCAGUCUCAAGGUACAUUAGAUUCUGAUGGGUUUGGUUUUCAGCAACCGGGUUACGUUCAAUUGGGUGGAAACGUAAACCAAAUGCAACCUAAUUAUGGCCAACCACAAGGUACAUUUGGUUCUGGUGGGUCUGGAGCCCAGCAACCUGGAUACGUUCCAUCGGGUGGAAAUGUAAAUCAAGUUCAACCUAAUUAUGGUCAACCUCAAGGCACAUUAGAUUCUGAUGGGUUUGGUUUUCAGCAACCUGGUUACGUUCAAUCGGGUGGAAAUUUAAACCAAAUGCAACCUACUUAUGGUCAGUCUCAAGGUACAUUAGGUUCUGGUGGUUCUGUUGCCCAACAACCUGGAUACGUUCCAUCGGAUGGAAAUGUAAAUCAAGUUCAACCUACUUAUGGUCAGUCUCAAGGUACAUUAGGUUCUGGUGGUUCUGGUGCCCAACAACCUGGAUACGUUCCAUCGGGUGGAAAUGUAAAUCAAGUUCAACCUACUUAUGGUCAGUCUCGAGGUUCAUUAGAUUCUGGUGAAUUUGAUUUUCAGCAACCGAGUUACGUUCAAUCGGGUGGAAAUGUAAACCAAAUGCAACCUAAUUAUGGCCAACCACAAGGUACAUUUGGUUCUGGUGGGUCUGGUGCCCAGCAACCUGGAUACGUUCCAUCGGGUGGAAAUUUAAAUAAAGGUAAACCUACUUAUGGCCAACCACAAGGUACAUUUGGUUCUGGUGAGUCUAGUGCCCAGCAACCUGGAUACGUGCCAUCGGGUGGAAAUUUAAACCAAAUGCAACCUAAUUAUGGCCAAUCACAAGGUACAUUUGGUUCUGGUGGGUAUGGUGCCCAUCAACCUGGAUACGUUCCAUCGGGUGGAAAUGUAAAUCAAGUUCAACCUACUUAUGGUCAGCCUCAAGACACAUUAGGUUCUGGUGGGUCUGGUGCCCAGCAACCUGGGUAUAAUUUAUCACAUAGAGAACCUAAUCAAAGUGGCGUUUCAAGUGUUCAAUCACCUUUAGGUGGAAAAAAAGAACCUCAAAGUUAUUCCGAAUCAUAUGGUGAUAACAAUUUUAGUGGUCCAUCUCUUAAGCCAGGGUCAGAAAUGGGAAAUAUUAAUCCGUUAACAAAUCCUAUUAUCGGUGGUCAGUUUGGAACAGAUAUAUCAUCUGGAGGUUCAGUAACUCUUAUUGACACUGAAAGAGGAGAUGCACAAUCAAUGACAAAUGUAGACGUUGAUGGGCAAGAAACUAGAGCGUCGGCUUCAGCCCAAGGAAAGUCUAAAACAGGUAUCAGUCAGACACAAGUAUCUGGAUCAUAUUUAGGAACCGGUACAUUUUCUGCUCAAGCCCAAACAAGCGAUAGCGAUAAAGGAGCACAAAGCCAAAUUGUAAGUAAUACAAAUGGUACAACAAGUACAGCUCAAGGAAAAGGUGGAAGGGGACAAGCACAAUCCCAAGUUCUUUAUAAUGCAGAUAAUGGCAUUGCCCUAGGUGAAGCACAAAGCUCAGGAAUUAAUUAUGGGACAAACACUCAACUACAAGCUGGUAUAAAAGGAGGAGUGGCAGAUGCACAAUCAACUGGCCCAGGAAGUACUUCAAGUCAGGCUCAAAUAGGUUUCUUACCACAUGAGUUUAACAACAGCACUAAUCAAAAGUCAUUAUUCAAAGGUAGUGGGACAACUUCGGCUCAAGCUGGAUCAUAUAGUGGUCAAUCGCAAAGUCAAUUGUUUGGCUCAUAUAAGCAUGGAAUUUCAUACAACGGUGCUGCUCAAGCAAGUACUGGUAAGAAGCUUCAAAACUUACCAAAAUUAAAUUUGGCUGAUGCCAAGUUGAAAAUUGAGCGACUUGAAGGAUCAUUAGAUCCUUCAUUAUUAAAUGAAGUUAAAAAUGAAACCAAUGUACUCCAAAACUUACAGAAUACUCCUAAUUUGUUACGUUCUCAAAAUCAGACAGAAAUUUCCAACGUUAAUAACCACAAACAACAAAUUAUAUCUUCAACACAGACACCGUCUAUUUUACAAGAAGAAUCGUCUAGGAAUAUCGAUGUAUACCCUGAAUAUGAAGAUAAUGAUGAGUAUGAUGAAGAUAGCGAUGAAAUUGUAAAUACAAAAUCAGCACAAACAAACAAAGAAACAAUCCCAAAGCAAGAGCAAAAUAUAAUUUUAAAAUUAGAUGACAAACAUGAUGCCAAAAUUACUCAUGAUUCUGAUAGCCAGCUAAAAUCUGGACAAGUAUUAGACGCUGGUCAAGUUAUACCAGGGACUAACGGAACUAAAAUACCAAAUGGGUUUAGAGGAAGGGUAGCUUCAGUAGCUGGAGACCAAACUGAAGCCAAAGCAAUUCCGGGGGGUCAAGCUCAAACUCAAACUGUAUUCUUAACACCUGGAGUAGGUAGUUUAACUGUUGUAGAUAAAACAAAAUUAAGAGCACAGUUAAAUAAAGAAUCAUAUGUUAGCCCAACUAAUCGGUUUCAAUCUGAAAUUAGUGGAGGAAUAGCCAAAUUAAAACCAGAUAAAAAAAAUGUUCAGUAUUUUACUAAAUCAUCAACUUGUGGUUAUUUUUCAUUUUCGUGUAACUAUGUAGAUGGAAGAAAAGAUGGGGCUAAAAUAUGCAAGCCAAAUCCACCACCUUCUCCAUGCCAAAAAAGUUAUAAUUAAUGAUAAUAAAAAAUAUUAGAAUAUAUAAAUAUAUAUAUAUUUUUUAAACAAUUAUUUAUAUUUUAGAUAAGUUAAUUGAGUACAAAAUUGUAUACUAAUUAAACCUAACUUUGUACUAUGAAGUAUAGUAGUUCUAUUAAAGUAACAUUUAAUAUUUAAUGCGCUAUUUUUAAUUACUACUAUUUGUUUUGCACAUGAUUAUUGCUAUACAAAAGUAAAUUCACAAAUACUUAACGUAUAACUACAUAAUAAGAAAAAAAAAAUCAAAAUGUCUAAUGUGUUUGAAGAAUACAAAUUAAG